AUGACACAACAACCGUCAGCACAGUUAGCAAACCGUCGGCGCAAUCGUCUACUAUUUGUCGGCCUAACCUGUCUGGACAUUGUCUAUGUUUGCCGACACUUUCCCGUCGAGGACAGCGACCAGCGAGCAUUGGACAGCCAGUGGCGUCGCGGUGGCAAUGCGUCAAACAAUUGUACAGUUUUUCGGCAACUAUUGCAUUGGUGGUCGUCAAACAAUAGGUCAGCCGCGGCCGCCGCCGCCGCCGAUACUACCGACUACGAGAUCGAGUUUAUGGGAACCAUUGGCGGCGAUCACGCCUCCCGGUUCCUCGUCGACGACCUACUGGCCAACGGUAUCCUAAUCGACAACAUUGUCCGCCACCCGGACCGACAGUGUCCGUCAUCGACGGUCAUCAUAAAUCAGUCAAACGGUUCGCGAACUAUUGUCCACUUUAAUCGCAAUCUACCCGAUUUGGACGGCCAAUCAAUGGCCAAUCAUAUCACUGAAUCGUUGGACCGUUAUUUGCAUAUACAUUUCGAAGGUCUACGUAAUGUACCGAAUAUACGGCAAAUGAUUGCCCAGAUUAGGGACAGGGAUGUCAAUCAUGAGAUCACUGUAAGUGUCGAAUUGGAAAAAGUCUACAAACCGUUGACCGAAUUGCUGGACAACGCCGAAGAUUUCGGCAAAUAUAUUGACAUCUAUUUUGUGGAGAAAGAGUUUGCCGGCGAAAUACUCGACUAUACCGAUGCUGACCAAACAGCCGUCGGUAUAGCCUCGAGACUACACCCCGGGGCACUGGUAGUGUGUCCGUGGGGUGAAUCGGGUGCCGUUGCCUACGACAACCGUAUCGGACAACUGUACCGAUCGCCAGUCUAUCCGCCAAAAUCGGGUUCAGUUGUCGACACACUCGGAGCCGGCGAUACCUUUCUGAGCGGUACACUGUUUGGUCUACUGGUUGUCGGCUUAUCCGUUGAGGAUGCCAUCAAAAUGGGCUGUCAGGUGGCCGGAGCCAAGUGCGGACAGUGGUACCACAAGGAAAUGUCUUCCCAGGGAAUUCCUAAGGAACAGGGAAUAUAA